AUGGCAGCAGACUCAAGUCUUGUGCCAGCAGGGAGUUCCGCAAGAGCCCAGAGCAAUAUGGAAUCAGAGCAGAAGCAGCAGGAAGGAAAGAAGAGCGAGGCUUUACAUGCGAUGGGCGAGAUGGAUAAGAGAGACCCCGACCUCGAAGUAGAACUCCAUGGCAAGAUCCCGACGCUGAGCAUUGUAAUAGAAGUUCUCACCAUAGGCAUCGAUCAUCUACUAGAUGGGAUAAAAGGGGGCCAAGGAGACCUCGCCGAGGAGAUAUUUAUGUCCUGUGCCUCCUAA